ACCCGUCAGCUUGCGUGCGCCAACUAUACCGGUAUACCCCGCAUGGUUGAGAAUGCGCAUGCGCAGUCUAUCGUGCACGUGGUUAGAAGCAAGGAGGGAGUCUGCUGCAGGAAACGACUGUAUCUAUGCCCACUUGAUCGACAUGUUUCAAGUUCUAGGGGGACAUCCAACUGUUCCACUGAAUCAAAGGAUUUUCCGGGGGUCUUGGACAUACUCGUCAGGGAGAAAACAGCUGCCCCAUUAUGCACCACCACAGAACAGGAGGAAGCUUUGGACUGAGGAGGCGAUGGACCAUGCGCUUCGUGCCACAAGUGAGGGUAUGUCAGUUCGGGAGGCAGCAAGUCAGUAUGGAGUUCCAAAAUCUACUCUCCAUGAUCGCGUUAGUGGACGUGUACAACCUGGAGCUGUGCCUGGGGCUCAUCGUUAUCUGGAUGUAGAGGAGGAGGAAGAAGUUGUUAGGUGGCUUGAGGGGUGUGCCUCAAUUGGGUAUGCUAAGAGUGUGAGGGAGGUUAGGAGCAUUGUAGGAGCAAUCGUGGCAGCUAAGAAUAAUCUUGAAAAUUUUGUUGUGAGUCACGGGUGGUGGGAUCGUUUUCGUGCCCGCCACCCCCACCUAACCCUCCGCACUGGGGAAUCGCUUGCUUACCAUCGCGCUGUUAGCACUAACCGUUUUGUAAUCGACAAAUAUUUCGACCUUCUUGAGGAAGUGCUGGUGUCGAACAACCUUUGCUUUGCACCCCACCUCAUCUUCAAUGCUGAUGAAACUGGUCUCCCUCUGCAACAUCGGCCUGGAAAGAGGGUUGCUGUACGCGGUCAGAAGCAUGUGCACGUGGUGAACUCAGGUAAUAAAGCACACAUCUCUGUCUUAGCUUGUGUUAGUGCUUCAGGCUAUGCCAUUCCGCCAAUGGUCAUCUUCCCACGAAAAACCCUCACCCCUCACCUAACAACGCAGGAAGUUCCUGGAACCAUCUAUGGGUUGUCCGCGAGUGGAUGGAUGGACAGAGAGCUCUUUCAAGAGUGGUUCCACCGCCAUUUCCUCCAGCAUGUACCUUCAAGCCGACCACUACUACUAGUGCUUGAUGGCCACUCGUCUCACUACAGUUUAGAGUUCAUCCGUGAGGCUACACUAGAGGGAGUGAUUGUCUUCUGUCUCCCACCCCACACAACGCACAUUACACAGCCACUGGAUGUUUCGGCCUUUCACUCACUGAAGACAUACUGGGAUUCUGAAUGUGACAAGUUUAUGUCAGCCAAUCCAGGGCGGCUAAUCACAAUUUACCAGUUUUCUUCACUUUUUUCGUUAGCUUGGUCGAGAGCAAUGACUCCACAGACAAUUGUCUCAGGGUUCAAAGCAACUGGAGUUUUCCCUCUCAACCGCAGAGCAAUACAUGUUCCAGGAUAUGAUGCACUCACCAAUACUCCAACAGCUGUCGUAGCACGAAGGGGUGGCAUCAAAUAUAUGCCAUUCCUCUCAAAGUCACACCAGCGUGCCCAAGGUGCAUCCGACAGAAGAGGGCCUCUCUCCCGGGAGCUCUGUUAUUCCCCAACUGCCAAUGAUGUGUCUGCUGACAUGAAUGAUCCAAUAUGGCCAGAUUAUGAUGAGCAAGAUUUUGAGGAAAGCCUUAUUGGUAGCCCUUCAAGCCCACAAAGAAAUGUUGAGACACAUGAGGGCCCAACAACAAAGACAACCAUGGGUAGGGCAUAUUAUGGAACCGAGAGUGAAGAUGAUGGUAGUUCUGAGACUGAUAUUCAGGAAACAGUGAGGACAGCAGAGCACCAGAAAGAUAGUGCUGUGGGUGAUGAAAGUGCUACAGAGCCAUUAGAUGUGACUCUGGGAGAAGGCAGCACUCAGGAACAAGCCAAAACUCAGACCCAAUCUCACAAGAGUAUGAAGAAAAAUGCUGCUAUGACCAGAACACAGAGCAAGGGUGGUGUGAGGGAUAUCCACGGGAAAGCAGAAAGCAAUGCCAGCCGUCCUAGCAGAGCACUUGCACAUUCACAGAAAGCGUUGAAGGACCAAGCAGGAAAGAAGGUGGUGACCGGAACAGAGUGUGGUGUGCAUGCAGAGGAAGAGGCAGCAGAGACUGAGUUAGACAGCCAUUUGCAGAUAGUGCGGACAGGCACACAGAAGAGUUUGAUGAGCUCACGAGACAGGAUCGAUGAGGCCGAAGGUUACGAUUGUGGUGGAGAAGGUUGUAUUGCAGAGAAGACUAAAACUCAGUCAAAACCACACAAAGCUAUAACCAGAACACAGAGCAAGGGUGGUGUGAGGGGUACCGACGGGAAAGCAGAAAGCAAUGCCAGCCGUCCUAGCAGAGCACUUGCACGUUCACAGAAAGCGUUGAAGGACCAAGCAGGAAAGAAGGUGGUGACCGGAACAGAAUGUGGUGUGCAUGCAGAGGAAGAGGCAGCAGAGACUGAGUUAGACAGCCAUUUGCAGAUAGUGCGGACAGGCACACAGAAGAGUUUGAUGAGCUCACGAGACAGGAUCGAUGAGGCCGAAGGUUACGAUUGUGGUGGAGAAGGUUGUGUUGCAGAGGUAAUAGCCCCUCUGCUGUGUUUGACAGAUAAAUAUAAAUAGUGUGGUGUGAAAGAAGCCUCCUACGGUACACAGGUAUAAUAUAUGGAGGUAGUAUUGUAUACAUAGUUGUGGGUGUUGCUGUGUGUGGUGAUUUACUAUUAUCCAAUUGUGUUUCAUCUUUCCGUCCUAAGCAGGGAAGGCAGAACUCUGCUUUACCUGAUGAAGAGGCACUCUUUUCCCGCCGUUAUGCAAAUAGAUAUGAUUUGACUCACGAUACUCGAUACAAUAUGUGGCUACAGAAUAAAAAAGAAGGCAAGUUUGUACUGUAUAUUACCUUUCAUAGAACUCUUAUUCCUGCUCUUUCUUACAGUGGCUUGUGAUACUGGUGUUCCAGCUGUACCGUCUACUAAGCUGGCUAAAUUUCUGUGUAUACCAAGUGCUCCAGGUGACAGAAAAAGGAGCAGUGUAAACACACCGGUGCACGGGUGUUGACCAGUACAGAAUGUGUCGAAAUGCUGGAGGAAAAGGAAGGAAAAAAAAGACAGGCAGCUGAACUAAAGGAGAAGAGGAAAGUUGAUAGAGAGGAACGAAAGAAGAAGGCACAAGAGAGCGAGCCAACAGAAAGAAAGGUACCACACCUAUUUGCCCACAAUUUAGAUAUUAUACCUUUUUUAUCUUCAGGUACAAAGCUUCCUCGCAAGAAUAUUGACACUGCUGAAGAGAUAUGUGAAGCUUCUCCCUGUUCCGUUUCUAUGUGUGACCAGUUAGUGGUUGAAUGGGUGCAGUGUGACAGUUGCUCCAAGUGGUUUCAUCUUUUUUGUAUCAAUAGAUAGGGUCCAUGAUGACUGGGUGUGUCAAUGUUGUGUGUGAACUGACAUGGUUUCAAGUCUCCCGAGUCAAAGUUUUAGCCCACAAUGCGCGCGCGGGUGAUGAUAAUUAUUUAAUUAAGGGGUGUGGCCGGCUCGGGCGCGCUAAGCUGAU